AUGAAGCUGCUGUGGUGCUUUUUCAUACAUUCAACUCUCCCAGUGUUGGCCCAAUUGGGCCACACACCAACUUCAAUAAACGCUCGAGGCGACAGCGGGCUUGACGAAUGGCUUGCAGCGAACAACCGAGCGCCUCCCAGUGCGCUCACUGUAUGCCCUUUGGCAUGUCAAGAAUCUGGCAACAGCAGCACUGGGCCUGGGUGGUUCCUAUUCCCUGAGGCCGCAAAGCUGGCGGCGUGCAAUGAGACCAUGGUGCUAGAUUUCAUCACCCAAAACAAAAAAUCGGUCAUCAGGGCAUGCACGGCGGACUAUAGCUCCAGCAUGAAGGCCGUCUACGAGGCUGAUGAUCAGACGGCAGCCCUUUGCCCAACGCCCAAUCACGCCCUCGUCGAAGCUUCUAUCAAGAUCUCUCAUACUACGCCAACAAUGAUGAUGGCUUUUCUGUUCAAGAUUUACUCAUUUGGAUACUCUAAAUCUGUCGUCAUUGGGGUGUUUGGAGGUGCCGAAGUCCACCAGCAUGGCGUCACCAUUGAUGUUCUCAACGGCUUGCUCAAAUAUGCGGAGGAAAACUCGAUUUCAAAAACUACUGUCAUCCAGCUAUGUGAAGUCGAUGGCCGUGGCGCGGAUUACGGCAUCGGUAUCAUUGUGGGCAGUGCAAAGAAAAUGCCCUUAAUCCAAGAAGCCGUCAAGAAUUGGGCCGACGGACGAUGCGUCCCUGGAGGGGACGGUGAUGAGGUCUUGAUGACAGUAACUCUGCGUGUCCCUUCCAGUGUCAAGUCAAAAUCAAAUGGCAACGAAACGAUAACCUUUCCAACUGGGGCCGCCCACAUAGGGUCAAGGCCCCGGUUGAUUGCCAGAGCAGAGUGCAAAACAACUACGGUCGAAGCUGGCGAUGGCUGUUGGGCUGUUGCCAACUGGUGCAAGAUCAGCCAAGAUGACUUGGUAAAGUACAAUACUCGUUCAAAAUUUUGCGAGACGCUCGUUAUUGGCGAGAAGGUCUGCUGCUCCUCCGGCACCUUGCCUGACACUAUCCCUCCUGGAAACUCGGACGGCACCUGCAAGACAAUAAAGGUCGUAAGUGGCGACGGUUGCAGCUCCCUGGCGUCUAAGUGCGGUUUAAGUCUCCCGGAUUUUACCAAGGUUAAUGCCGCCGACCUAUGUACGUCUCCAAAAGUCGGACAGCAUGUUUGCUGCUCUCGUGGCAAGUUGCCUGACUUGCGACCCAAGCCCAACCCGGACGGGUCCUGCGCCACAUAUACGACUAUAACGAGCGAUAGCUGUUCUACGAUUGCUGCAUCUCUUGGGAUAACGAUUACAGAUAUUGAAAACUUCAACAAGAAAACAUGGGGCUGGACUAGCUGCAAGCUGCUUUGGGUUGGGUUCAAGUUGUGUGUGAGCUCUGGAGUGCCACCUAUGCCUGCUUCUGUGGCAAACGCUAUUUGUGGACCGACCGUUCCCGGUACCAAAGUGCCACCCAAAGGCACCGACUUGGCCACCCUCAAUCCCUGCCCCUUGAAGGUUUGCUGCAACAUAUGGGGUCAAUGUGGCACAACAGAUGAAUUUUGUACCAUAUCCAAGUCAGAAACUGGCGCUCCUGGUACUUCUGCGCCCGGCAUUAGCAAUUGCGGUAAAGACAUUAUCAAAGGUCCCGCGCCAUCUAAGAAGAUUAACGUCGCAUAUUUUGAAGCCUGGAAUAAAAACCGCAAAUGCUUGACCAUGGAUGUCGACCAGAUCGACACAAAAAAGUAUACGCAUAUCCACUUUGCUUUCAUUGAUGUGACGUCUGACUUCAACGUGGAUGUAAGCAAGGUUAAGGAGCAGUUUGGCCUCUUUAAAGGCAUGUCCGGGAUUAAGAAGAUUAUUUCUUUCAGCGGCUGGGACUUUAGUACUCUGCCUAGUACUUUUCACAUUCUUCGCGAAGCAGUCAAACCUGGUAACCGCGAUACUUUCCAAAAGAACAUUAUUGCCUUUAUGAAUGAGCAUAAACUAGAUGGAGUCGAUCUUGACUGGGAGUAUCCUGGGGCCCCAGACAUUCCUGGUAUCCCCGCUGGCGACCCAAAGGCAGGUAUGGAUUACUAUGAGUUCCUCUCCGGUCUCAAAUCGAAGGUGGAUAGCUCCAAAACAGUUUCCUUUGCUGCCCCAGCUUCCUACCAUUAUCUAAAGUCGUUCCCUAUGGAACAAAUGGGUGCCAAACUUGACUAUAUCGUCUAUAUGACUUAUGAUCUACAUGGCCAGUGGGACUAUUCCAACCCGUGGACUUCGCCCGGCUGUCCUGAAGGCAACUGUUUACGGUCCCAUGUCAACGAAACAGAAACGAAAGAUGCUUUGUCAAUGAUCACUAAGGCUGGCGUACCUUCUAACAAAGUGGUCGUGGGUGUUACCAGCUAUGGCCGGUCGUUCAAGAUGGCUCAGGCUGGUUGCACCGCGCCAACGUGCAAAUUUACUGGUACCUCACGCGAAUCUAAUGCUGCAAAGGGACGUUGCACAGAUACAGGCGGCUACAUCUCCAACGCCGAGAUCGACGAGAUUAUCACCAACGGUAAAGUCACUAAGCAGUGGAAAGAGGAAGGCUCUAACAUUCUGGUCUACAACGAUACCGAGUGGGUGGCAUAUAUGGAUGAUGACAUGAAGGCCGUUCGUUCCAAGUUUUAUGAUUCAUACAACUUCGCCGGAACCACAGAUUGGGCCGUUGACCUACAGGAGUUUUUGGACGGCAGCGGUGGUGACGAUUAUCCUGAUGAUUACGAAUAUAAAAUCAACCACGAUUUCUACUCAGCCUGCUCAAAAACGUACACUACUUUCAAACAGCUCGAGGACGACAAGGGUUCAAUUCCAGCUCAUUGCAUGGAGAUAUACAUUAUCGAUGUUGAAAUAGCCGUUAUGGAAGCAUCCCUGAAAAAGUACAAGGGCCUAAUUAACGACGGUUACGAUGGCAAGUUCAAAACCUACGAACGUUACAUUAGGGAGCAAGUUCCCGGCCAAAUUGACGCCUUCAUGAAGGAGAAGUCGGACCUGUACUUCAAGUGUACAGAGAGAAAGGAUGUUGUAUGCUGCAGCGACUGCACCAAUGCCUACUGUGGUAUCGAUUGCGAUAUUUCUAAAGAUUGCAAGGAUGGUGUGCACAAUGUCGAUGUCAAAUGUCAGGAGUCUGCCAUGGGAAAGCAUAACGUCACUUUCUCGUUGAGAGACUCCAAGGGCUUCUAUAAGGACAUUGGUGACAAGUACGGUAUCGAGGAGUCGUGGAUCAAUAUUGACAGGAAGCAAUCCUUGAUCAGCGAUGGCUGCAAGUACGCUGGCAAGGACGUUCUGGAUUGUCUAGACAGGCAAAGCAAUUGGUUCUGGUACUACCCCGUCCGAGGCAAUGUCAAGGUAUUCAACCCUAAGGACGUUAUCGGCGAUUCUUACCCCAAGACCGAGGAGCUCCUCGACCGCAUUAAGAUCGUUAGGCACAAUACAGAACACAGCGAUCUAGUGCAGUUGUCCGACGUGCUCGACGCUGCAUCCCUACCUGCGCUGACAUUAGAAACCGCCGUCGCGAGCAUGGAAAAGAUUUCCGAAACUGCCAAGGAUAUCGAGAAGAAAGAGCGUGAAGAGAUGAUUAUCAGCUUUAUCACAGGGUUUCUCUUCUUCGUCCCUAUUGCAGGACAGGCCGCCGGCGCCGCUGGUUUAACUGCUGUUCGCUCCAUACUCCGCCUGCUCGGUACGGCUGGCGAUGCAGGCCUGCUGUUGCACGACAUCAUCACUCACCCCGAAAGUGCCUUCUUGAGCGUCUUUGGCGCCUUGGCCGGGGCUGGUGUUGGGCGAGGCGGGUUUAAGAAGGCCGCCAAUUCGAGACGGUCCCUGAAAUCUAGCGAGCUUGAUGCAUUAGGACCGGUAAAGAAAAAUCUCGACAUGAUUGAAAAUCUGCGCGGCGCAAUUUGUAAGUUGUAA